AUUAAUAGAGGAUAUUUCUUAGUAUUUUGAAAGUUUCCGUAAAUUCUUUGGGGAAAAAAAGGUUUCCCUAAAGUAUGCCUCUACCUUUAUAUAUCUAUAUAUAUAUAUAUAAUAGUCAGCCUUGUUUUUCUUUGUUUCCAUCUCUCUCUUUGUUUUUGUGCGUUUAGGGUUUAGAAUUUCAAAGACUUCGUCAUCCAUGGGUGGAUCAGUGAGAGUUGUGCAAUUCAAAGAGCUUGAUAGCGUGGUCCGUCCCUUGAGGUGUGAGGCUUCGAAGCACAUGGACGAGGUUGAAGCUGAAGAACAGCCUAAGCCUUAUUCGGUUUCUGAUGUGCCGUACUUCUCUGCCUUCGUGAAGGAUGGAAAGGUCGUUGAUACAUCAGAAGGUGUAGAUCCACCUAGUUUUGCCACUAAAGUUGCUAGGGUUGUUGGGUCAGUUAAGGCUGGAGAACCUGCUGCUCCUGCCAACCUUGACACAGUCCAAGAGUUAGCAAUAUUAUGAUAUUGCAGCUUUUGUUAGAAAUCUUGGUAGAUCAUUUAUCUUUUACAACUUUCUACACUCUUUUGGUUGGAGAUUAUAAGUUGCACCUCCCCUUGUCGGAAAUCCUGUGAAGAGGCUGGAUUAUGCACCUAUGCUGGUCCCAAGGUUCUGCAUCUGAGGUGUGUUGCAAGAGGUUUCAAAACGAGGAAGAUGAUUUGGGUUUUUUGUUUUCAAUUUUUUGCAGUGCAAACGACGUCGUCUUUGUUAUCCUCUAGCUCAAAAGGCGUUUAAUGAAAUGGGGAGUAUUGAUUGAAGCAAUUCUGACUUUCGACAAAUUACCACUUUAACCAUCUUAUUAUCCUCCAGCUCAAAAAACCUUUUAAUUAUCCCAUAAUCAAUUAACCAUGUGAGCAGAUUAGGAUUCCCACCCACAACCUAAAUCUCUCGAAGAUUUCUUCAGUAAAAAUUUAAGUGAUGAUGGGUUAGUCUUGAAGAUAUAUUUUAUGGGGUAAUAUUUCUUGUGGCUUUUACAGGUUAUUAUUUCUCACUUUUAUUUCUCAUUAUUAUUGCUCACUUUUAUAUUUUGGGAUUGCUUAUUCUGCUUAGAUGAAUAAGUACGUAUAUUUAAUUACAUUAUACUGAUUAUUAUGCAUCAAAAUUAAUUAGUAAAUUUAUAAAUUUUUCUUGUCAAAACAAUUGAUGUCUCAAAAAGCAUACUCCUCACUGUUUAAAAUUUUAGC